AGGCCUCCAUUAGAGCUGCAGCUGUUUGGAGAGAAACAACAACAAAAACGGGCUAAGUGACAGAACGUCCGCCACGGUUGACAGUCCGCUCAGAGCCCGACAAACGAGGCCUCAAACCUGGAAGUUGAACCUCCAUUUCCCACCCGGAGCACCGCCGUCUUCUAACCACGGCCGCUCUCGGUGAGGAAACUCUGGCCUCCGCUUCCUCCUCCUCCGACUCGGACACCGGCGGAGCGUCGCCGCCCCCGCGGAAGAAGCACCGAGCCUCGGCGGCGGAGGGAGCAGGAGAGCCCGGGGCUUCAGCGGUUGUGCCAGGCCUACCUGGAGUUGUCUUGGGACUCGGAGUGCACACUCAAGCCACAUCGACCAUCCACUUUAACCGAAGUGCCGUCGGCAACCUGAGCAGCAGCAUGCAGGCAAACGGAGCAGGACAGGGGCAGGAAUCGUCGGAGCUUCCCUGCCUGAGCGGAGCACGCAACGGCGAGUCGUCGUCGGCGACGGCCGGUGGAACGCACUCUAACGGGCUGCUGCUGUCGGGCAACGGGAACGGUGUGGGCACCAGUAACGGGUCCGCGGCCGGGCCUGCGUGUGGGACUUCUGCUGCCUCCCCCGCGGCCUCGGGCUCGGAGGUGGGCUCUCUGAAAAAGAAGAAGCGUCUAUCGCAGGCGGAGGAAGAUGUCAUCCGGCUCAUAGGGCAACAUCUCCACGGACUGGGGCUCAAUCAGACGGUGGACCUGCUGAUGCAGGAGUCGGGCUGCAGACUGGAGCACUCCUCAGCCACCAAGUUCCGCAACCAUGUCAUGGAAGGGGAGUGGGACAAGGCUGAGAAUGAUCUCAAUGAGCUGAGAGCACUGAUGCAUUCGCCCAACGCCAUUGUGCGUAUGAAGUUCCUAUUGCUGCAGCAGAAGUAUUUAGAGUACCUGGAAGAUGGUAAAGUCCUGGAGGCUCUGCAGGUGUUGCGGGGGGAGCUGACACCACUCAAGUACAACACGGACCGCAUCCACGUCCUCAGCGGGUAUUUAAUGUGCAGCCAUGCUGAGGAUCUAAGAGCCAAGGCAGAGUGGGAGGGCAAAGGCACGGCCUCCCGCUGCCGACUGCUGGACAAAUUACAAACAUACCUGCCGCCUUCCGUCAUGCUGCCCCCGCGGCGGCUGCAGAACCUGCUGCGUCAGGCGGUGGAACUGCAGAGGGAUCGCUGCCUGUAUCACAACACCAAGCUGGACAGCAGCCUGGACUCUGUGUCGCUGCUCAUGGAUCACGUCUGCAGCAGGAAGCAGUUCCCCUGUUACACGCAGCAGAUUCUGACCGAGCACUGUAACGAGGUGUGGUUCUGCAAGUUCUCCAACGACGGCACCAAGCUAGCCACUGGCUCCAAAGACACCACCGUCAUCGUUUGGCAGGUGGACCUGGAGAGCCACCAGCUGAAGCUGCUGCGGACUCUGGAGGGCCACGCGUACGGGGUCUCCUACCUUGCCUGGAGUCCUGACGAUACCUACCUGAUCGCCUGCGGACCCGAUGACUGCUCCGAGCUGUGGCUCUGGAACGUUCAGACGGGGGAGCUGCGGACCAAAAUGUCGCAGUCCCACGAGGACAGUUUGACCAGCGUGGCUUGGAAUCCCGACGGCAAGCGUUUUGUCACGGGAGGUCAAAGGGGGCAGUUCUAUCAAUGCGAUCUGGACGGUAACCUGUUGGACUCGUGGGAAGGCGUGAGAGUGCAGUGCCUGUGGUGCCUGAGUGAUGGCAGGACAGUGCUGGCCUCAGACACCCACCAGCGUAUACGAGGGUACAACUUCGAGGACCUUACGGACAGAAACAUAGUCCAGGAGGACCACCCUAUCAUGUCUUUUACUGUUUCCAAGAACGGAAGAUUAGCUGUGUUAAAUGUAGCAACUCAGGGAGUGCACUUGUGGGACCUGCAGGACCGAGUGCUGGUCAGGAAGUACCAAGGUGUGACCCAGGGCUUCUACACCAUCCACUCCUGCUUUGGAGGACACAAUGAAGACUUCAUUGCCAGCGGCAGCGAAGACCACAAAGUGUACAUUUGGCACCGGCGCGGGGAACUCCCCAUCGCGGAGCUAACAGGCCACACGCGCACUGUCAACUGUGUGAGCUGGAACCCGACCAUCCCGGGACUCAUGGCGUCUGCCUCGGAUGAUGGCACAGUGCGCGUGUGGGGUCCCGCGCCUUUCCUCGACCCACAGGAGGCAGACGGACUCAACGACAACUGCUGCAACAUGGACAGUUGAUGGACAUUUCUCUUGGAACGACAAUCCGAGAAUCAUCAUCAGUACUUCUGCUAACAUAAAAACAUCAAAACGGAGCAAACCUUCCACCAACCUGCAAGCAACAAGCCACCAAGACAAAAACCCAACACUGACGUCACCACUCAGAAGUGUCCCGCCAACUGACCUUGAUGAUGGUGGAGGCGAUGACAGACCCCCCUAGCCCCCACCCACUGGCCCGGAAAAGCAGUCUGGCGAGGAUGCUCCCACCCACCACCACCACCCAUGGGUGAGCAGCAGUACACCUCCUCCCUUAUUUUCCUCCCCCCUCUUUGAGCCCUGCCUCCACCACAGACCAGCCGUCGUCAUUGGACAACACUUGUCUGUACCUGUGUAACAUUUGAAAAGGAUGGGGGGCUUUUUGGGGAGGGGUAUAUCAACACCAUGCACUAAAAGAGGCUAUGGUCAUUUUUUUUCCUGAUAGUCUUAACAUUCUUGUCAUGAAUGAAUAGGAUGAAUCUCAUGGUGGAGAUUCCACUUUAUGUUUCACAACGUUAGAAAAUCAAAUUUCUUUCAUCCUCCCGAGCCCGUACAUGGGACCUGGCAACCACCCCACCUGCUGCUGCUGCUGCUGCUGCUGCUGCUGCACACCCCCACUAUAGCAUACCAUGAGGAGGGGCAUCACAGGUUGCAUAUCAGUGUGUGUGCGCAUGGUGUAAGGGUGGGAGUGGCUUCACUUUGGGGGCAUAAUACUGUGAUCUCCCGCCAAUGACAACACACAAAAAAACCCACUUUCCAUUGCACUCUCUUGUAUGUGAGUAUGCAUGCACGUGUGUGUGUGUGUGGGCGUGGGCGUGGGCGUGGGUUCGAGUGUUUAAUUUGCACCAGCAGAAGAUUCCCAUUCCCCUUUCCAAUCCCAUAGUAAAAUUGUAAAGCCGAUUUUAAACCCAAUUCUAAGUUAUCCAAAGCCCUUAGGACCUCAAUCUGUGCAACAAACAAUACUUGAGAGCCAUUUUCUAACAUUUUUUCUUUUUUUUUUUAUUAUUAUUAUUUAAUUUUAAAUCUGGGGCUAUAAUUUUUACACUUCAUGUGGCAUUUUUCAACUGCACUGUGUUCAGAACCGCUUAAAGAAAGGCUUACUUCUUCUAAAGAGAAGUCAAUGAUUGUAAUCAUUGGAGGAUACUUUAGGAGACACCCAGUACUCUGCAGCCAUUGGAGGAUACUGUAGGAGACACCCAGUACUCUGCAGCCAUUGGAGGAUACUGUAGGAGACACCCAGUGUUCUGCAGCCGUUGGAGGAUACUGUAGGAGACGCCCAGUACUCUGCAGCCUUCAAGGAAAAGGUCACUUUUUUGCAGUCUUGCCCACCAUCCACAGUCUUUAUGUGAGACAUGAACACACAUCUUUCUCUUUUCUGUGCCUUCUAAAGAUAUAAAAACACUUAAAAAAAAAAAAAAUUAAAAAAAGAGGCAGCUAAUCGAUGCAUGUAAUGGGACGCACCUAUUCUGCAUAGAAAAGCGACUAUGAAAACACCAACAAGGUUUGAUGGUUUUCUAUCCAUGCUGUGAGCAUGUAGUAACGAGUACAUUCAUCAUAACAUGUUCAUUCACACACACACUUGUACUUGUUGGCACUUACAAUAUUUCACUUUCUACCGUUUGCCAUUUAAAAAUGUUUUUCCACUUACUGUAUGAAAGGAUGGGGUUAAAAUAAAAUAAUGACAGCAUAAACCUUGUGCAGCAUUAAGGGAAUAAAGAAAUGAAUUGGCAAUGUUAAUAACAACUUGUUGGCACUUUUUGGAGGUUUUUCAGAAGGCUUUAUAGGCAGAAUAGGUAUGUCCCAUUUCGUGCGUUAAUUAGCUUCCUCUUUUUAUGUGUUUUUAUAUCUUUAGAACAUACAGAAAAGAGAAAGAUGUGUGUUCAUGUCUCACACAAGGAUUGUGGAUGAUGGGCAGCAUUCCAAAAAAAGUGCGCUUUUUCUUUAAGGGAGUGUUAUUUCAGUACCUACAAUGUACACACACACACACACACACACACAUAGAUAGAUAUAUAUAUACACAAACUGCCUUCCUCUUUAUGUUGUCACAUAAAAACAAGAAAGAUCUCCCCGGUUAGCGUUUCCUUGUGCC